AAGCGUAGCCGCAGCCGGUCUCUGAGCCGUGGCGAGAAGCACCGCCGCUGGAGCAAGGACUCCAGGGGGCGGAGUCACGAGAAGCGCAGCAGCAGCCGCGACCGCAAGGGUCGUGACCGACGGAGCAGCUCACGCGAGCACAAGAAGCACAGCUACUCUCCUCGGAGAAGCCGUAAGAAAAGGACAUACAAGUACUGGGAUGUUCCCCCUCCGGGAUUCGAGCACAUCACCCCCAUGCAGUACAAGGCAAUGCAAGCUGCAGGGCAGAUCCCCACGAUAGCUUUACUGGCAACAUCCACCACCAGCGGCGUGGCAGUGACGCCCACCCAGGUGCCGAUGGUCGGCAGCCAGAUGACCCGGCAGGCCAGGUGGCUUUAUGUCGGCAACAUCCCCUUCGGCCUGACGGAGGAGGCCAUGGCGGAUUUCUUCAAUACCCAGAUGCGAUUGGCUGGCUUAUGUCAAGGUCCCACCAAUCCCGUCCUCGCUGUUCAGAUAAACCAGGACAAGAACUUUGCCUUCCUUGAAUUUCGGUCCGUGGAUGAGACCACGCAGGCAAUGGCCUUCGACGGCAUCAUUUUCCAGGGUCAGUCGUUAAAAAUCAGGCGGCCCCACGACUAUCGCCCCCUGCCUGGCAUCUCAGAGCAGCCCGCCUUCCACGUACCAGGGGUCGUCUCCACCGUGGUUCCAGACUCGCCACACAAGCUCUUUGUCGGAGGCCUGCCCAACUAUCUCAGUGACGAUCAGGUGAAGGAACUCUUGACGUCGUUCGGACCUCUUAAGGCCUUCAACCUUGUGAAGGACAGUGCCACGUCACUGUCUAAGGGUUAUGCUUUCUAUGAAUACGUGGACAUCAGUGCCACUGACCAGGCCGUGGCUGGACUCAAUGGCAUGCAGCUCGGAGACAUGAAGCUCAUCGUCCAGCGGGCAAGCGUGGGGGCUAAGAAUGCCAACGCUACGGCCAUCAUCGAGACGCCGGUGACGCUGCAGGUUCCAGGGCUGCAGCGGCUGCAGAGCUCCGGCAUGCCCACGGAGGUGCUGUGCCUCCUCAACAUGGUCAUGCCCGAGGAGCUGGUGGACGACGAGGACUACGAGGAGAUCCUGGAGGACAUCCGGGAGGAGUGUUGCAAGUACGGCAACGUGCGCUCCAUCGAGAUUCCGCGGCCCGUCGAUGGCGUGGAGGUGCCUGGCUGUGGCAAGGUGGGACCCGUACUCUCCUGUACCAGUGGCAAAAAGAAGACCUCUGUAGGCACUAAACACAGGCUCAUGGGAGCAUUUCUUGCACAAAAGUGUUUUGAAAACGGAAUAAUUUUUUGUGUAAGAAAAACAAUCUGAUUGGUUCAGAUAGACGACGGACAAUCUGAUUGGUUCAGA